AUGAAAAAUACGAUCUAUCUUACGAUUUUAGGAAAGACAUUAAAAACUAGAUCAGAUUAUCUCAAAAUGGCUUAUGAAGAAGUACUAUUUCUGGUAGUAUUCACUGGGAAGAAAAAGUAUUUUGGUAUUCCUCAUAAAGAUACCCUGAACUUCAAACCUAAAGAAUUUUUUAUAAGAGGAAUCGACACUGUGAAGCAGGAUAAAUCCCAAGUUUUCAAAACCAUAGGGGAUCAGAUUAUAUGA